GUGAUCCUCAGAUUACAUUUCAUGGAAAUAGAAAGUGAAAGUACAGAUACUGGAUGGAGCUGGAAAGAAACCAUUUCCGUUUGCAACAGACUCUUCACAAACACAGUUACGGCUGAGACGAGUGAAUUAUGGACAGACAGAACAGAGAUGAGAAACUCAGAAAGGGCAUUCCGAUUGAAGCAAAGCAGUGUGAGGUCGACGUCAGAGAAAAGUUGAGUCCUCCAGGCCUCAAACCAGCAAAACAGAGGCAGAAGGUUAAGCAACAACAAGCAGAGGAGGGAUCCAAAGUGAUUGAGGAGUGGGUCUCCCCAGAGCUGGCCAACAGGAUCAUACGCAAUGCUAAAGACCUCAAGAUCCGACAGACGGACCGCCGCUGGGCUGCAGAGGUGGUCAACGAUUUCCGAGAGAACCUGCUGAAAUUCCUGAGGAGCUGUGAUCAGCCUUUCUUCCAGACAGCUGACUUCGUCACCAGCGGCAGCUACUUUGAGAAAGUUAAGAUCAACGUCGCCGAUGAGUUUGACAUGAUGCUGAAGCUCCAGGCUCCUUCACGCCUCAACAUGAUGGAGCUCGAUGGCGGGCUAUUCUACCGGCUCGAUUUUACCCGUCCCACUCGGAGCCCCAUACAAGCCUUUUUUUUGGAGAACAAGCGCACGCUCUCAUCAAGCAAGAUCUUGAGUGAGAUGCACCGCCUGGUCCGCAAGUUCCUUAAGAACUACCAAGUGCCUGAUGAAAGCUAUCGCUGGGAGGUGAACAGGAAGCGUCCAAACUCGCCGGCUGUGACUUUGUCUCUGUUUCCAACUGAAAAGAACGGUGAAGAGCUGAUCUCUGUGGACGUGGUUCCUGCUCUGGAGGUUCACCCCACUCAGGGCUGGCCGCUCGCACUCCGUAACGGGCCAGAUGUGGACAACUGGUUG